UUAUCGAAUAAAAUAAGUUAACGAUGCGUAGCGUAGUGUGUAGUGACCCUUUUUUCUGCAUCCACGGUCAUGGGUUCGAUUCCCACAACUGGAAAAUAUUUGUGUGAGUAGCGUGAGUGUUUCAGUGUCUGGGUAUGUAUGUAAAGGUAAGCAUUUUUAGUACAGAAAUGUCAGUAAGUAUAGUACAUAAAUUUACGAUUCGGUACAAGUACCUAUAUAAUUCUAUGGUAUAGGUAGUACCUCCGCAUAUCUUAGGUUACGUUGUAGUUUCUACACUUAGGGGAGCUUAAGGGCUACAACAAAUAUUUUAUACUAUUCGAUAUUAUUUAUUUAUUAUUAUUAAUUAUUAGCACGGAUAAAUCCAGUUACAUUACUAGCGCGUCGAAACUGAGACGGACAAAAGUGGCUAAUUGUUUUAAUUUCAUUAUGUCGCGUUGUAUUUCAAGAAAUAAUACCUAAUUUUGUCUACAAAGUCGAGUUGUGUGUUCCAAGUGUAAAAACGAUCUAUUGGAAGUAAACACAAAAUUGUACAAAUUCGGAUCACUUUUUGCGGCGAUUUUGUAUAUACGUAACAUAACUGUAAUAGAAAAUGUUUGGGCUACAAUACCCAUAGUGUUUGAGUAUUUAUUUAUUGGUCUAUUUACUUCUCUGUCUAUUGACAGAGUGCAAUAUUUCAUUUGAUCUUCGUGACCGUGUCAACCUUCAUUUGUGGUCUGUGGUGUCAACUGUCAACGGUGUCAGGAACUAACUGUCACUGUCAGUGUGUGCCUGUCAGUUGUCGAAAAAGCUGUCGUCGGGUCGAACUCGAAAGACGAAAUCGAAAUUCGAAACUGGCAAACAACAAAGGAAAAUGCGGAAAAACAUGUAAUUGGUUUUGUUUUUAUAUUUUUAAUUAUUCCAGUUCAGUAAAUCCGCUUCCUGUUCCUCAACUGAGGGUUUUUAAAGUUAUAAUCCUUCCAACCCUCAACUAGAGCAGUGACUGAAUACGUAAAACUAAAAGACAUGACGACUUCAGAGGGCCACCAAGAUUUGGAAGACGGGCCUAAGGAGGAAAGAAGUAAUGCAUCAAAUCAGAAUACCUCCCAGGAUCACACGUCGUGGUCGGCGCCAAAUUCUUCAACACUUUCUCAAGUCGAAGAGAAAAUGCGACGUAAACUUCAGUUCUUCUUCAUGAACCCAAUCGAAAAAUGGCGAGCCAAACGUAAGUUUCCUUACAAAUUCGUCGUUCAGCUGAUAAAAAUUGUGCUGGUCACCCUGCAACUGUGCCUGUUCGCGCAUAACAGAUACAACCACGUCAAUUACACUUGGGAUAACAGGAUUACUUUUUCUCAUUUGUUUUUAUUGGGCUGGGACUCCACUCGGGAAAUUAACGCCUAUCCGCCGGGCGCUGGACCUUUGGCUGUUUACAAAGUUGACGAGUUUUACAAUAGCUUGGAUUAUGCUUACGCUGGUUACUCCAACUUGACUAACGCUAUUGGACCAUAUUCCUACAAUGAUGAAAGCAAUAUAAAACCUGAACCAGAAUUCUGUCAAUAUUAUUAUAAGAAAGGAAUCAUCCACGGCUUCAAUGAGAGCUAUGAGUUCAAUGCAGAAAUUGAAAGCAGUUGCAUUAACUUUACAAACGUUGAAACUAAGCUUUUUAAAUCCCAACAAUAUUUACAAGAUGCUGGUAUAAAAGUGGACUUUGCAGCCCUAGUUAGGGCGGAAUUGCGAUUUUCUUUGAAAACGAUUAAUUUCAGGGCAGCAGGUCCUAUUACGCCGCCGGAUUGCUUUAGAUUUGAUGUAAAAGUUGUAUUUGAUAAUGAAGACCAUGAUGGUCAGAUGUCUUUGUCUUUAGAAGCUGAACCGCACAAGUUAACUUGUAAAGGUGACAAGACGUACAUCACAGAUAAUAAAAUUGACCAGAUUCUGAGGAGCAUUUUAAAUAUAUUGGUGAUUCUAAUAUGUACGGCUUCUCUUCUGCUAUGUAGCAGGGCUAUUUAUAGAGCACAGUUGUUGAAAGGACUCACCUGUGCAUUCUUCAGAAGAGCAUAUAAUGCUGAACUAAGUUUAGAUGGUCGAUUGGAAUUCCUCAACAUUUGGUACAUAAUGAUUAUUGUCAAUGAUAUUUUGAUCAUAAUGGGUUCAGCGAUGAAGGAACAAAUUGAACGCAACCAGUUUACUUAUGAUGAGUGGAACGUCUGUUCUUUGUUUCUGGGUGUGGGAAAUCUGUUAGUCUGGUUUGGUGUUCUACGAUACCUCGGCUUCUUUAAGACAUACAAUGUUGUUAUAUUAACACUGAAGAAGGCAGCGCCAAAGAUAUUUAGAUUCUCGUGCUGCGCUCUAUUACUCUAUGCUGGGUUUACUUUCUGCGGAUGGCUUGUGCUUGGGCCAUACCAUAUGAAGUUCAGAUCUUUGGCUACAACCUCUGAAUGUCUAUUUUCUCUUAUAAAUGGUGAUGAUAUGUUUGCUACGUUUUCAAUUAUGUCCAAGAAAUCACCAAUGCUCUGGUGGUUUAGCAGAGUAUAUCUAUACUCUUUUAUAAGUUUAUACAUUUAUGUUGUUUUAAGUUUGUUCAUCUCAGUUAUUAUGGAUGCUUAUGAUACUAUUAAGCAAUAUUAUAAAGAGGGAUUCCCUAAAAAUGAUCUGCAGCAGUUCAUUGGUGAAACUACUGUGGAGGAGGUCUCCUCAGGGUUGUACAGAACACAGAGUUCCUCAUCUCUUAACACAGUUAUGAAUUCUCUUUUCUGUUGUAAUUUUUAUAGAAGAGCUUACUCAAAAAUUGGAGGAGGCAGGUCAACUGUGAACUUAUUAUAAUAUUGAUAAUUUAGUUCUGCAACUUUCUACUGUCAAUAUAUUUCUACUAUACUAUCUAACUUACUACUAACUAUUAACUAACAUUAAUGAAGCAUAGAUCUUUCUUUGUUAGUUUAGCAAUGUCACUUCUAGACUUUUCCUGCUGUUUGUUAUUUAUUCACACUUCCAUUUAUCUUAUCUCUUCUAUUUAUACAAAAUGCUAAUUACCAGUGUAAUUUACAGGGUUGUUGCACCGCUACAGCCAAGCUAGGCAAAGAGAACAAAGUGAUUAGGCAUAAUACUAGUAAUUCAUUUAUUUAUUUCAAAAAUUAAAAAAAUAUCGGAUGUCCCUGCUAAUGUUAUAGUCUAUUUGAAUAGUUUUUACUUGGUAGCAGGCAACUAUUGUAUUUAAUAUGAUAAUAUUAUUAUAAUUGUGUACAUAUUUACCAUGUUUGUAAAGACUAGGUAGGAUAUACUUAUGUUUAUAUUAGAUGUUAGAUGUACAUGUCUCAAAUAAUAAUUAUCAUUAAGUUUUAAUAAAAUUUAGUUACCAAAGAGGAUAUAUCAAAGUAAAGUCAUUCAGCUAGCCUCUGAAUGUUACACCUUAAUUUGAUAUUUAUGUAAAUUUGGCGCGUGAUAUUUUUAUGAAUAUUUAUUGUUCUUCCAUUUAGGAACGAUACAUAGGUAUUAUUUUUUACAUUACUUUUGAAAUCUUACAUAAUAAAUUAUUUAUCAAUAAAAGUAAUUAAGAUAUGAUGCAUGUGUUUACAAUAAACUGUUGAUGAUUAAAGUAA